GCUCACAAAAAAUCAAGCUCUCUCCUUUAACACAUUCAGCCCUUUCAUUUUUCCUCUCAAUUCUUCCCGUUUUCUACCCAACCAAACAACAAAUUUUCUUCUUCUAUAAGAACAAAAAUGCCAACAACACCAGACACAAGCAAAACCAUGAAACUGGAGAGAUACAACAGCUAUCUCCGCAAACUCCAUAGUACAAAACUGUUGAAUGCUUCAUCUAAAUUCCUCUUCCGAGUAACCCUUCUCAUUGCUUUGGUUUUGAUCCUGUUUUUCACCAUUACUUACCCUCCACUUUCCGAUAAUUCCCACCCUUACCGCCGCCAUCAACACCACAGCUUCCUCUCCACUUCCCUUUUCUCAGGGAGUUCACUCGUCGGCGGAGCUUCGUGGGAGAAACAAGUGCGUCAUUCUUCCACGCCGCGUAGACUCAAUGGGUUCUCCGUUUUAGUCACCGGCGCCGUUGGGUUCAUCGGUUCCCACUGCUCCCUUGCUUUGAAGAAACGCGGCGAUGGGGUUCUCGGCUUAGAUAACUUUAAUGACUAUUACGAUCCUUCUUUGAAACGAGCGAGGCAGAAUCUUUUGAGCAAGCACCAGAUUUUUAUCGUCGAAGGCGAUUUGAACGACGAUGCGCUAUUGACGAAGCUCUUCGACGUCGUUCCGUUCACUCAUAUUCUUCACUUGGCGGCUCAGGCCGGCGUUCGUUACGCCAUGCAAAACCCACAGUCAUACGUGAGAUCGAACAUUGCGGGGUUCGUUAAUUUACUCGAAGUAGCCAAAGCGGCGAAUCCACAACCCGCCAUUGUCUGGGCUUCGUCGAGCUCGGUUUACGGACUCAACACCGAAAACCCAUUUUCCGAACGCGACCGUACCGAUCAACCGGCUAGUCUUUACGCCGCCACGAAGAAAGCCGGCGAGGAAAUCGCUCACACUUAUAACCACAUCUACGGACUCUCUCUCACCGGACUGAGAUUCUUCACCGUUUACGGUCCAUGGGGAAGACCCGACAUGGCGUAUUUCUUUUUCACUAAAGAUAUUCUCCAAGGCAAACCCAUCGACAUCUACAAAACGUCCGACCAAAAAGAGGUGGCGCGUGACUUCACCUACAUCGACGACGUCGUGAAAGGGUGUUUGGGAGCGUUAGAUACGGCGGAGAAGAGCACCGGCAGCGGGGGAAAGAAGAAGGGUCCUGCUCAAUUAAGGGUUUACAAUCUAGGAAACACCUCCCCAGUCCCUGUCGGCCGAUUGGUAUCGAUCUUGGAAGGAUUACUCGGCACAAAAGCCAAGAAACAUGUGAUCACGAUGCCCAGAAACGGCGAUGUGCCCUUCACGCACGCCAACGUCACGUUAGCUUACAAGGAUUUCGGGUACAAACCCACCACCGAUUUGGCUUCCGGGUUGAGAAAAUUCGUGAAAUGGUACGUUAAUUACUUCGGGAUGGAACCAACGAAAUCGAUCAAAGGAACUCAACGGGCAGAUGGAUCCAGUUAAGAGCUUCGUAUUUUCAUUUCCAUGGCCGCCAUUUUCUUUCUGAUUUUCCCACAUCGUCUUCAUUGAAUUUUUGUUUUUUCAUAAUUGUGGCGAUAUUGAUGUAAAAAACGGGGGAUCAAAUGCUGUUGAUUAUGUAGAAUAUUUACAGAUUAUUAUAGAUUUGAUGAAAAAAAUAUAGGAAAUGAUAAAUUAAGAAAUGAAGAGAAAGGUGUAAAUCUGUGGAGAUGAGUUGUAAUAAUUUGGUGGGGUCUGCUGGAUAUGGGCAGAUCUACACCGUUGAUUUUAUGAAAAUAAA